ACUAUAAAAUGCGGCUUCGGCUCGGCGCGUUCAAGCUUUGUGGGAAAAAGUAAACAAUCACCGUGUUUUUCGUAUUUUUGUACAAAAAUUGUAGAGAAAAAUGUUUUAUCACAUUUCACUGGAACAUGAGAUUCUCCUGCAUCCGCGGUAUUUUGGGCCGCAGCUUCUGGAGACGGUGAAGCAGAAGCUUUACACGGAAGUCGAGGGAACGUGUACCGGAAAGUAUGGAUUUGUAAUUGCCGUGACUACGAUAGACAACAUUGGAUCGGGAAUAAUUCAACCCGGGCAGGGAUUUGUAGUGUACCCGGUAAAGUAUAAGGCAAUUGUCUUUCGGCCAUUCAAGGGGGAAGUUUUGGACGCCGUUGUGACGCAGGUUAACAAAGUGGGGAUGUUUGCUGAGAUUGGACCCCUUUCCUGCUUCAUCUCUCAUCAUUCAAUACCUGCUGAUAUGCAGUUUUGUCCCAACGGAAAUCCACCUUGCUACAAGUCCAAAGAUGAAGACGUGGUCAUUGCGGCUGAAGACAAGAUCCGACUCAAAAUUGUGGGGACUCGAGUAGAUGCCACAGGCAUUUUUGCAAUCGGCACCCUGAUGGACGACUACCUUGGGCUAGUUUGCAGCUAGAACAUUCCCUGGGGGUAUUUUUCACUUAAGAUUUACAUACUAUACUGAUUAUAAUAAUAAAUUAAUUACAAUUUACAAUUA